AUGUCUCUCCAUAAUAUUCUGUAUGGUGAUGCUAAAGGAUGGUUUAAAAGAACCUGUUCUUUUCUGUAUCCAUAUGUUCUCGGAGUUGUGAACCCUGAUGCUAAAGCUGUACGAGGAUGGAACAAGUUCUUUGUCAUAUCUUGCAUGGUGGCAGUUUUUGUAGACCCGCUAUUUUUCUUCUUGUUAUCUGCACGAGAGGAUUAUAAGUGCAUAACUAUUAACUGGGCCAUGACCAUAAUAUUAGUGUUUUUCCGGACACUGACGGACUUCAUUUACCUAUUGCACAUGCUUCUUCAGUAUAGGUUGGCUUAUGUGGCUCCUGGGUCUAGAGUGGUUGGUACGGGAGAGAUAGUAGACCAACCAUAUAAAAUUGCUCUCAAUUAUCUCCAUGGAAACUUUUUAGUAGACUUAAUUAUUGUUUUGCCGCUUCCUCAGAUCAUAAUGUUGUCGGUUGUUCCUUUGGGAUCAUUUCGAGCAAAUCAAACAAAGAAUCUUCUCCGCCUGGCAGUAUUUUUUCAAUACUUUCCCAGGUUGUAUAGGGUUCUGCCCCUGCUUGCUGGUCAAUCUCCAAAUGGAUUCUUCGUAUUCGAGUCAGCUUGGACAAAUUUUUUUAUAAACACUCUCACUUUCUUGUUGGUUGGCCAUGUUAUUGGGUCAUGCUGGUACCUUCUUGGCUUACAGAGGGUUAACCAAUGUCUUCGAGAUGCCUGCCAUAACUCUAAUCUGCAGUCAUGCGGGAAUUUAAUAGAUUGUUGCAAUGCUCAAUCUAUUCCAGAGUCAACUAGAUGGAGAGAAAAUGAGAAGGCUGCUGGUUGUUUUAAUCCGGAAGGAGAUUUCUCCUAUGGAAUAUAUACUCCAGUUGUCAAUCUCACUACAAGAGAUAGCAUGACUAAAUAUUUAUACUCAUUGUUUUGGGGAUUCCAGCAAAUCAGCACUUUGGCAGGAAAUCAAACUCCAAGCUAUUUUAAUGGGGAAAUUGUUUUUACCAUGGUAAUUAUUGGACUGGGACUCUUCUUCUUUGCUCUUCUAAUUGGAAAUAUGCAGAAUUUUCUUCAGUCUCUUGGACGGAGGAGGUUUGAUAUGUUAUUGCGGAGUCGUGAUGUUGAGCAGUGGAUGAGUUAUAGGAACUUACCAGAAGAGCUUAGAAGGCAAGUAAGAAAUGCUGAACGGUAUAAUUGGUCAGCCACACAAGGUGUAAAUGAAGAACUGAUUCUGGAAAAUUUGCCCGAACACCUUCAAAGAAAUAUAAGACGCCAUCUCUUCGAAUUUGUGAAGAAAGUUCGGAUUUUUGCUCUGAUGGACGAUCCUAUCUUAGAUGCAAUAUGUGAGAAACUAAAACAAAAAACAUACAUUGAAGGAAAUGAAAUUUUGUAUCCUGGAGGUAUGGUUGAGAAUAUGGUUUUUAUUGUGCGUGGAAAGAUGGAGAGCAUUGGGGCGGAUGGGACUGUUGAUGACACAUUAAAGGAAGGUGAUGUUUGUGGUGAGGAACUUCUCAGAUGGUGUCUUGAGGCUUCUGUAAACACUGAUGGGAAAAAUGUCAGGAUCACUGGUCGGAGAUUGCUCAGCAACAGAUUGGUAAGGUGCUUAACUAACGUGGAAGCAUUUCAACUCCGAGCUGCAGACCUCGAACAGUUCACUGGACGUUUUGCAAGAUACUUGCGGAAUCCACGUGUACAAGGAGCCAUAAGGUAUGAAUCUCCGUACUGGAGAGGGCUUGCAGCAAAGCGAAUUCAAGUAGCUUGGAGGUACAGGCAAAAGCGUCUAAAUCGCACAAGCCCACAGAGUUGCCCCCGAAACCCUUACUCCGAUCAAAGUCCAGCGGACUUCUUGAGAUCAACUUAUCGCCCACAUAGUUGGGGACUUGGAAAUGAUGCUCGGGAGCGGGAACACUGGGGCCUUUUCUGAACCAAAUUCCAGUUGAAUUAAAGCACCCUUUCAGUGUAACUUACAAGGCAAAUCAACAGAUGAAUUCCAUGUAAUUAGACAGGGACAAACUAAUGUUAAUAAAAAAACAAAGUUAGAAUUCCUGAAGUUAGUAAUCUGCUUUGUAAUGUUAUUUUCGAGUUCAAAAAAUAAUGCAACCAUCGAUAUAACUCCA